AGUGGAUACAUCCAGAACAUUAUUAGCUAUAAGAGGUUGAGGUUUAGGUUUAUAUACUUAUUAAAAAAACUGUUUGUGUCUUGAUGCUUCACAUUCUGGUGCCAAUAACAUUCAUCCAAUUAUUAAACGGAGUCAGCAUAAUAGUGAAAACAUAGCUUGUUUAUCAGAGGACAGUUUACAAUAAAAAUAGUAAAACAGUUUACAAUACCUUUUAAAAAUGCUUACUUCUACAGAUUGUGUUGAUAUAAGUUCAGAUUUUGUAAAGGACUACGUUUGCAGUGCUUGCGAAAGUACAAAUAUUGAAAAAUGUGCUGACAUUUUCUGUGAAACAUGUAUGACAUUUUUUUGCGACAAUUGCAUUUAUCAACAUGAUCAAUUAUAUACAAACCAUUCCAAACAUGGAAGAGGAGAACAAAAUAAAUGGCCUCUCACAAAGAAAAUGGAGGAUUUGCUUUUGAAAUGUGAUGUCCACCCUGACAAGAAAGUGAAAAUGUUUUGCCAGGACCACAGUCAGCUGUGCUGCUCUGAUUGUGUUCUACUGAAUCACAGACAGUGCACUAACGUGGCUCUAAUUUCUGAGUCCCUAAAAAAGCCGUCUUUUAAUAGCCGACAGUUGUCAAUCAACCUUCAAACUAUUAUUGAUCAACUUAACAUGUUUAAGAAGGAACUAGAGGCCAGCAUUCAGUACGUUGAGGUAUCAUAUAUUGAAAAACUACAAGAAAUCCAAGACAUGCGUAACAAUUUAAAUGCUUCUUUAGAUGAGCUAGAAAAUACAACCAUGAAAGAGCUCGAUGAAUUUAGGACCACAUUGCAAAAAUCUCUUAAGAAAGAUGUUGACAACUGCAGAAGAUUGAAGGAUGAACUGCAACAACUUGGUGAAGCUGUACAGAGCCUUUUCGAAAAGAGCAAGAAAGAUAUUAAAUUCAUAGCCGGCAGGAAAUGUCUAGACAAAAUACAAGAGUCUGAGACAUAUCUGAAAAAGAACUCUGUGAAGGAUCAGAGUUUAAUCGCAUUCCAUGCAGACAUUGACAUUGAGCAGUACCUGUCAAAAAGGUCAGGUUUAGGGAGGAUUGUAAUAAUGAAUCCAAACCAGGCGUUGACAGUGAAGAGGAGGUCAAAGUAUAAUGUGAAAAUAUCGAGUGACACAAAGACUUGCAACAUAAUGGCCAUUUGCAUCUUGCCUAGUGGCCAUGUCAUUGUUGUUGACAGAAAUAAUGAAAAAAUUCAGCAGUUUGACCAGAAGUACAAUAUAGUCAGCCACUGUCAUGUGUCAGGUUCUCUACGGGACAUUUGUCUGAUUACAUCUAGUGAGGUGGCUGUGACUGUUGACAAAGAUGUCCGGUUCAUUUCUGUGGGAAAUGGGCAGCUGAUUACUGGGAGUAAGUUUAAGUUACCUCAUCUUGCUGAUGGUAUUGCCCACCAUUGUGGAGCUUUGUACAUCACCUCAGGCACUGCCCUGUACCACUACACUCUGACUGGGACACUUGUUAAUAAGUUGUUUGAGGAUAUAGGAGAUGGCUUAAGAGUGGUGAAGUGUGCAGUGAGUCUUGCUGGGGACAGGAUAUAUGUCACCAACUAUUACCAGAGCAAGCUGCUCACACUGGCCAUGGAUGGCACCCUGAUAUCAAAAUUCACUGACCCUGAACUACAAUGUCCAUGGGGUGUUCAUGUCACACCUGAAGGACACGUGCUAGUUUGUGGAUACAGCUCGAAUAAUGUCAUACAGGUUGAUCAUGAAGGCAAAAAGAAGCUGGCAAAGAUAGAUGGAGUGAUGAACCCAUUUUGUGUCUGCGUCAACACAAAUAUUGACCAGAUCGCUGUGGGACUAUACAAAAAAAACAAAAUAAUUGUUAUGGAACUCCGAUAGCUCUAACUGUUGAAUAUAUAUAGAUAGAUAGAUGGAUGGAUGGAUGGAUGGAUGGGUUUUGGAUGGAAGGGUUUCGGAUGGAUGGAUGGAUGAAUGGAAGGAUAUAUAGACAGACAGACAGACAGACAAACGGACGGGCGGGCGGGCGGGCAGGCAGGCAGGCAGGCAGACAGGCAGGCAGAUAUACAACGUUGUUCAUGUUAUUAACAAUUUGUCUUUGAAAGACACAAUUAGCAGUUUAUAGGAUUUCCACCAAGUUUAAAAUCCUUUUUAUCAGAUUGGAGUAUGAUGGGGCUUUUUUUCCAACACAUUUUAUUUCCAAUUGCAAACAAGUACAUAUACAAUAUAAAUUGUAACAAUAAUGAUGUGCAAUACGACACAACAAAAAAGAACAUGCAAUUCCAACUCAUAUCUUAUGUUAUGUAAAGUAGUAGUCACCAACAGACAAAACAUAACUCGUAUCUUAUGUUAUGUAAAGUAGUUGUCAACAACAGACAAAACAUAACUCGUUUCUUAUGUUAUGUAAAGUAGUAGUCAACAACAGACAAAACAUAUAAGUUUGUGAAGUCUCUUGAAAACUUUACAAUUACUAGUAUAUGAAGUUGUGUUUUGGAAAGAAAGAAAAACAUGUACAAAGUACAUAAAGAGAGAAAAAACAACAUCUUCCAGUUUGAAAGAUCAACAAAGAAUGUAAUAGUUGCUUAUUAUUAUAGUAUAUAAUACAUACGUCCUACAUUUACAUUUUAUUAUAAUAGCGGUACACUUUAAAUAGUAUUUGUAAACAGUGCUUUAAACUACAACAAUCAUCAAAUCUUAAUUCUAAGUUGUGAGAACAUAGCAUUGUUCCCACUCACUGUCAAAGGAGUCAAACUUAUUUUGUGAAAUUGAUAUUUUUCUCAAGUUAUCAUACUCAUACUUAGUGUAUAUCUUUGCUCCUGUUAUGCUUGGAGUGCAUUUAUUCAUUUUACACUAGUACAAGUAUAACUUAAUAAACAGAAUAACAUUAUUUAAGGCUUAAGCAGAAUUACUUGAAUAUCCAAGUUGAAAGAUGGUCAUGUAAAUGAAAGGAAAAGAUUGUUCUGGUAACAUUUCAUCAAUAAUUGCUUUGUUCCCAAUAUCCUGUGAAUUAACCUAUAUUGGAACCACUGAACCUUUACAUCACUAGUUAUUAAAAAGGGUAGCUCAAAUAAACAUUUACUGCACUGAAUAUUUGUGUAUAAAUAGCUUAUAUGCAGACCUCACUUGGGAUUAAGCAUUUGGGGCAAGUCAGGUCAAGGUGAAGGUUACUAAAAAUGGAAAACUGCUUUCUGGUGAAUAUCUUGAGUUUGGAUGUUUUGCACUUAAAUUGUGUGUGUAUGUUUGAGGGCCUAAGAUUAAAAGAAUGAAAUAUACACUUUUGAAAAUGGCUUAUGUUGGUAGCUUACAUGCAGUUGUAUAACAAUAAAGAUCAAAGUUAAUUGACAACAAACUGUUAUUGCCUCAAUAACUUGAGUUUGGAUGGAGGUAUUUUGCAGAGAUUGUGUGUUUAGUCAGCUUUCAUGCAGUCCUUGCUUGUGAUUGCUGAAUUAUUUAAAUUAAUAAUUAAAACAUUGCAAAACCUA